AUGAGCAGCUCACAACCCCCCUACUACGCCUCGAGCUUUGGUGAUCCCACCCAGCAUCCCAAUCGCGCUGCCCCGAUUGGCACCCAGAUGGGCGGGACUACCAGUACGGGCGAUCCCCAGACUGGUCCUGCUCCAACCACCGCUGGACCGCACCGAUCUAAUGUGAUGAACAAGCUGGAUCCACGCGUGGACAGCGACCUGAACAAUCGCGCACAGUAUGCACCAGGCACGACCACGUCCGGCAACGUGCACCCGCAAACCGCACAGGACGCAUCCUUGAACGAAAGCAGCAACGCCGGGCCCCAUCGUUCGGCCGCCAUGAACAAGCUGGAUCCCCGCGUGGACAGCGAGUCCGGCGAGAUGAGCACCAAAACCACCAAUCAGACCGGCUCGGGCACCCGACGAACGUACACCGACACAUCGGGGUCGGCGGCCAACACUGCCGGGACGGGCUCCUACGACGCCCAUGCCCCGUACAGCGCUGGAUAUUCCGGUGCCAUGCCCAAUGCAGCGGGAUAUGCGCGGUCUGGUGUGCGCUACCAAGAAUCGCCGCCGUCUAACUCGGCAUCGGGUACACACUCUGCUUCUAAAGGUCAGGAGUUCGGUCGCGGAAUCAAGUCGACCCUGGCCGGUAUUCAUGGGGCCGGAGAAUCGUUGCGCGGAAACUUCAAUGCGGCGGUUGAUGAAGCUGUUGGCCAUAAAGAGGGAGUGGCGAAGAACUCUGGGAUUGCACAACAGGGAGAACGAGAGAUUUCGUCGGGGCAGUUCCAACGAAGUCAUCACCAUUGA